AUGUUAUUGUUGUUACCGCUGUCAAUAUUGGACUACGCGGCUCAACAUAUCCGACGCCGCGUUGUCCAGGCUGGUGCCCUCGGAGUCGUUAGUUGCAUCCUCGCCGUCUGGCUCAAGGGCAAAGGAUUCGCAAUCGGCCCAUCGGCCACUGGUUUCGGUGCUCCUCGAGAGUCCCGUGCAGUUCGCGUGCGCAGGCGAGAAGAGGCCCUCGAACGCCAGCGCGCCCUCGAUCUUCCCCGCGCCCUCGAGCACGCAACCUCAUCUAACAACCUGCGGGCGCGUGCGAUUGCACAACCACAACCUCGCAUCGCCACCACCACUGCUCCCCCUCCGGCUCUCCCCCCUCCCAGUUCGGAAGAAGCCGACGAGGAUAUGAGCGGUGCAAGCAGUAUGGGCCCCUCACCAAGUCCUCCACCUCCCGCUAUCGGACGAAGCAUGUCCAAUGAUUCGGAUGGAGGUUAUGUGGGAGUCCCAUCGCUCCCCGCACCAAGCGGUCCUUCGGGUGCAUUUGCAGUCUCUAGCGGCUCCCAUGCGCGCUCAUUCGAUAUCCGCACUGCAUCUCCCAUCCCCAUUGCCUCCAACUCUUCCGUUAUGGGCCGUGCCAUCUCACCCAACACGGCCCAAUCAUCCGACGCCUCGGCCAAUGCCACCCCUGUUGGCUCGGGCACGCCUACUGGGAGUGUAGUCGUACCUGGACGCGAUCGCAGCGGGACCGUCGUCGGGAGGCCCAUCUGGGAUAAUGAAGGCGGGCCAAGGCAGGUCGCUCAACCGGUCGCAAGGCCAACUUGGUCCGAUGCGGACGAAACACCCACGCGAGAGGUUACAACCACGGGCAGACGAGGGACGAUAACGCGCAGGCCUCGUCGAGAACGAGAUACGGAUGGGGAUGACACUGAAGCUGAUGGGGACGACCAAACGGCCCAGCAAGGCGAGUGCCGUACGAUUGGCAUUGUCGACGCUGCGGAUGGAGACGGUACAAUGGCGAUGGAUAUGACGGGCGAGGGUGUCGGCGUUGGUGUCGUCGCACUCGAACAAAAUGACGACUUGGCGAUGGGCGCUCCGCCCGGGGCCCCAGGUGCCAUCGGAACUCCAAGGGCUCGGAUCGCUCCUGGUACGGAGCUUACGCCCCGAGCGAGCAUUGCCACCCUUGGUGCUCAGAUAGAGCAAACCGCGCAAGAAACUCCCUUUUACGAAACUCCCGCGACCCUCCGUGCGCUCGUCGACGCGAGUAACGAGCCCAAACCUUCGGCCCAACCGCUCUCCAGUACUGCCCAGUCGCCCAAUGUUUUCUCCCUGGUCGAGCGAUUCACUCUCCGCCCCUCCCCCUCUGAAACCACUCUCCCCCGGCUCCCCCACGAAAUACAAUACUGGGUCGGCGUAAUCAUGCGCAACGCAUGCCGAAAAGACGAUCAGCGGGGCGGAAUUCGACAGUGCGCCAAGUACUGCGGCAAAGAGUGCCAGAGUAAGGCCUGGGCAGAAGGACAUCGAUUCUGGUGUAGCGCCUGUGAAGAAGAGGACUCCCAGACCGUGGUUGCUCGCACGGGCUCUUCCGCCAACACCGUUCCCCCCGCCGCCGUCGCAACCGAAGUCAAGGUCCCAACCCGACGCGGCCUUACCAACACUGUCACACGUGCAUUGGUCAAUAUCGCCCGCGGGAUGACAGGAAGAGCGAACACUACGGUGCAGCAACCGCAAGCACAGCCAGUGCCUACAAACCUGCCAACAGUCGGGCCAGGUGCGGGAUUUAGGUUCGGUGCAGCGGCGGCAGAACACACAGAAGGGGAUGGGCCGACGCAGGCGCAAGGGUUAGCUGGUGGGGUUCAGGCACGACCAGGGAAUUUCCAGGCGCAACUACUGAGGUACGCUAGGAUGGCCGCAGCUGCCAGAGGUGUUCGGCCGCCAAUCCACCCUCAGCAGGUUGGGCUGGUCCACCGCGAGGAGGAGUUGCGUUCUUCAAUGAACCUGCUCAGGCGGCCGAUGCAGGCCCGUGUUGACAAACUCAAGGACCAGAGACAGCUCGGCGAAGGCGCGGAGCCAAACAACCCGUGGAACGUUGUCCCCGUACAGCAAGUCUCGCCCGUUCCAAGCGCCCCUCAUACAACACCUCAGCACGCAAAUCGACCAUUGGACGGAGAUGGAGACGAUGACAUGGUUCUCGAGUGA